UUUUCCGACGAAAAUUCUCAACGUCACAUCAAACCUAAAAAUGAACCUUUCCUGCACCUCCUACCUAAUUUCACAUCGUUUUUCCGAGAAUUGAUGAUUCUGGCCAUUGAAACGAAACGAAAGCCAGAGCUCAUAAUUUGGUUUUUUGGAGAUGGACGAGACCCCGAAAUUUGGAGUGUCGAGGAGAAUAUGGAAAAAUGGGAAUAUAGCAAAAUCAAAAAUUUUUCUAAUAACGGUUUUGUGUUUGAGAGUUCCAAUGAAGCCUCCAUUUAUAUUUACGAAGUUAAUCAUAUUGACGCUGUAGAGUUCAUAGGAAAUUAA